AUGGCGUGCCUGUCGCCAUCGCCGUCCGGCCGGCGCCUGUCGGAGCUGCUGGAGGAGAAGCAGGAGCCCUUCGUCCUGGACCUGCACCUGCUCGAGAAGGGCUGCUCCUCCUCGCGCCUCCUCGACGGCUACGACACCACCGCGCUCUGCUGGCCCGCCGCCGCCGCGGCCGUGCUCAGGCGCCACACCAGCAAGAAGAGCAAGGCGACCGCUCGGGCCACUGGCGGCGGCAACAAGCAGAAGCCUGCCGGCGGGCUCCUCCAGCUCCUGCUCUCCAAGAUCCUCCGCGGCAGCAGCAGAGCGGCGGCGGCCCAGCGGAAGCCCGCCACGCUGCAGUUCUCCGACUCCUUCAAGCUGGUGGCCGCGGACACCGCCACCAACCCGGCCGCCGUGUUGCCGGCGCCGUGCUCCGACCGGGAUCGCCACAUGGAACUGGACGCCGUCAAGACCGCCGCUGCCGCCGCCGACGCCAAGUGGCAGGACGCCGCGGAGCGCUACGACUCCGACUCCGACUCCGACGACGAGAAGCAGCAGCUGAGCCCCGUCUCCGUGCUGGACCACCCGUUCGAGAGCUCCCCCGUCCACGGCAAGCUGCUGCUGUCCCCGUCGUCCAAGGGCGCCGCCGCCAUGGACGUCUUCCGGGACCUCCUGGACGCGGCGUACAGCCCCGCGCUGCUCGCCCAGCUGCUCGCCAAGUCCGAGGACCUCCUCCUCAGGGACGCCGCGGUCGCCGACGAGGACGACGACUGCUGCUACUACGGCGGCGGCUACCGCACCAGCCCCAAGCACUGCCGCGACGACGAGUCUGCCGCCGCCUACUGGGACGCGCACAGGGAGGAGCUGGCCCGGGUGUCCGAGCUGGUCGCGUCCGAGCUCCCGAUCUCCAAGUUAAGCGCCGCCGACGUGCAGCCCGAACGCCGCGACGUCGGCGCCGAGGUAGCGGACGCCGUGUUCGAGGCGCUGAUGCGGGAGCUCGUCGUGGAUCUCCAGAGCUGCUGCUGCUGA